AUGUGUGAUGAUCGCUCAUCUAAAAGCAUAUUCUUUGUUAAACAAAGUCACACUAACCUGUUACUAAAGUACCAUGAAUAUUUCACCCCAUCAACAAAAUAUGUUUCAAUUGAAAAAGCCAUGCAAAUAUCAAUCAUUUAUAUGUAUCUCGACGCCCUCCUAGACAACAGCCAGGGGACUCUCUGCCUCACCGAUGGCUUCAUUAUCUAA